UGUACAACUGGCAGCCUUCCAUGACCCUCUUGAUCCAUUUUGUGUUCACCCCCUUCCAGUGAGAUUUGGUUCAUUAGAAUUUGUUAGACUCAUCGCUCCGCACUCACAGGGGCAAAGGCAUGCCAAAAAAGCAAACGCGUGUCCACUCCCACCUGAUAGUUCCAAAGACAAAACCAGGCGCGUGACUGGAGGGUCAUUUUAACACCGACGAAUGAAAGGACGGGGCCGGUCUGUUCUAGUCUUGUUGGAUUCGAGUUGAAACUCUCCCCAUUUGAAUUUCCAAAUCUCAGCAGCCAAAUGUGUGGGGGCGCCUUAAUGCGGAUUUUGCUUGGACUCCUCUUCUUUGGGGUACACGAUACUAGUGAAUGUCCACUGAUGAUCCAGCCUUCCACAGUGGUGGUGAGAUAUGGAGAUCCAGUAUCGGUGAACUGCACUGUUCUAGGAUAUUAUGAGGGAAUUGGCUGGGAGGCUUCAGAGGGAUCUGUUGGCAUGGUAUCAGACGUCCAGUUUGUCACCUGGAGUUUGGAGACCCUGACAGACUGGGAGAUAAGACCUAGAUGCUUCGGAAACUUUCUGACCGGUCCAGACUCUGGUUUUCAGUGUGAGAAAAAGCUCAACAUUACAGUGUACAAGCCUCCAGACAGUGUCUCCAUCAGUGCUGUGAACCACGCAGGCCCAAUGCUGGAGGGGGAACAGUACCAGCUGCAGUGUGAGGUCCAGAACAUCGCUCCUGUUCAGUACCUCACUGUGAAGUGGUACAAAGGGGAAACAUUGGAGAAUCAAACCUCCUAUGAUGCUCUCACUAAGACUCCAGUGAAUGUUUCCUCUACCCUCCUGAUCACACCCAUCGGUGCUGAUGAUGGAGCGCAGUACAGCUGUGUGGCAGAGCUGGAACUGGGACCUGAAGGACCACAACCCCCCCCUGAAGUGAAAUCUGAUCCCUUCAACAUCAUUGUGCACUAUACUAGUGAAUGUCCACUGAUGAUCCAGCCUUCCACAGUGGUGGUGAGAUAUGGAGAUCCAGUAUCGGUGAACUGCACUAUUUCAGGAGAUCAUGAGGGAAUUGGCUGGGAGGCUUCAGAGGGAUCUGUUGACAUGGUAUCAGACGUCCAGUUUGUCUCCUGGAGUUUGGAGACCCUGACAGACUGGGAGACAAGACCUAAAUGCUUUGCCAACUUUCAGACCGGUCCAGACUAUCUUUUUCAGUGUGAGAAAAAGCUCAAAAUUACAGUGUACAAGCCUCCAGACAGUGUCUCCAUCAGUGCUGUGAACCACGCAGGCCCAAUGCUGGAGGGGGAACAGUACCAGCUGCAGUGUGAGGUCCAGAACAUCGCUCCUGUUCAGUACCUCACUGUGAAGUGGUACAAAGGGGAAACAUUGGAGACUCAAACCUCCUAUGAUGCUCUCACUAAGACUCCAGUGAAUGUUUCCUCUACCCUCCUGAUCACACCCACCAGCGCUGAUGAUGGAGCUCAGUACAGCUGUGUGGCAGAGCUGGAACUGGGACCUGAAGGACCACAACCCCCGCCUUCAUAUAAAUCUGAUCCCCUCAACAUCACUGUGAAAUUCUGCCCACUCAAAAUGGAGCCUUCCACGUUGGUGGUGAGAUAUGGAGAUCCUGUAUCGGUGAACUGCACUCUUUCAGGAGUUCAUGAGGGAAUCGGCUGGGAGGCUUCAGAGGGAGAUGUCAUGGUAACAGACGUCCAGUUUGUCACCUGGAGUUUGGAGACCCUGACAGACUGGGAGAUAAGACCUAAAUGCUUCGGGAACUUUCUAAUCAAUGGAGAACCUGAUCAGUGUGCUAAAGAUCUCAACAUUACAGUGUACAAGCCUCCAGACAGUGUCUCCAUCAGUGCUGUGAACCAUGCAGGCCCAAUGCUGGAGGGGGAACAGUACCAGCUGCAGUGUGAGGUCCAGGACAUUGCUCCUGUUCAGUACCUUACUGUGAAGUGGUACAAAGGGGAAACAUUGGAGAAUCAAACCUACGAUGCUCUCACUAAGACUCCAGUGAAUGUUUCCUCUACCCUCCUGAUCACACCCUCCCGCGAUGAUGAUGGAGUGCAGUACAGCUGUGUGGCAGUGCUGGAACUGGGACCUGAAGGGCCACAACCCCCGCCUUCAUAUAAAUCUGAUCCCCUCAACAUCACUGUGCACUAUAAACCCAGGAUCACAGAGUGCCUGGACCAUGUGAAGCUGAGGGAGGGUGAAUCUCUGGAUACUUUGGUCUCCUGCAGAGCUGAGGGGAAUCCCUCUCCCGUGGUCACAUGGUACAGAAACCAAUCAGAGUUCAACAGUUCGACACAACUGACCAGGAGAGAUGCUGGGCAGUAUGUCAUGAUGGCAAAAAACACUUUGGGAAGUGUCAGUGUCAACUUCACAGUUGGCUAUGGACCCAUAUUUAACUGCAGUCACAAAUAUGAGGUGACCGCAAAUGAGCGUCAUGCCCUCAGGUGCAGGGCAGAGGGCUUCCCUUUACCUGAGGUCACCUGGUUUAAGGAAGACGAGGAGGUGGAGCUCCCAGCUCAAAUGACCUGGGAGGAUGAGGGGCAGUACAUCCUCACAGCUCGGAACGCCUUUGGAACGGCCAAUCACUCCAUGGACAUCGACGUUCUCUAUCCACCAUCAGAGAUUUUCGAGCCUGAAAGUGAUGCGGUGGAUUUGGGGGCAUCGGUGGUGCUGAAGUGUUCUUCACAUGGGGACCCUCAACCCAGGUACCGCUGGACGUAUCCCCGUGCGGCCAAUGUGCUGGAGAAUAGCGUCGAUGGGGUGUCCCUGCUUCACAUCUUCAAUGCUUCUGAGGAGAACAAUGGCUCUUAUACUUGCUACGCCCAGAACCGGAUUGGACACGUCAACAAGACUGUCAGCCUGAUUGUCAGGGGGAAAAAUACAACCACAACCAAGCCUCCAGGCAGUGUCUCCAUCAGUGCUGUGAACCACACAGGCCCAAUGCUGGAGGGGGAACAGUACCGGCUGCAGUGUGAGGUCCAGAUCAUCGCUCCUGUUCAGAACCUCACUGUGAAGUGGUACAAAGGGGGAACAGAGAAUCAAACCUCCUAUGAUGCUUUCACUAAGACUCCAGUGAACGUUUCCUCUACCCUCCUGAUCACACCCACCAGCGCUGAUGAUGGAGCGCAGUACAGCUGUGUGGCAGAGCUGGAAUUGGGACCUUCAUAUGAAUCUGAUCCCCUGAACAUCACUGUGCACUAUAAACCCAGGAUCACAGAGUGCCCAGAAUAUAUGAAGCUGACGGAGGGUAAAUCUCUGGAUACUUUGGUCUCCUGCAAAGCUGAGGGGAAUCCCCCUCCCAUGGUCACAUGGUACAGAAACCAAUCAGAGUUCAACAGUUCCGCGAGUCUGACCUGGAUCGAUGAGGGGCUGUAUGUCAUGACAGCAGAAAACACUUUGGGAAGCGUCAACUUCACAGUUAGCUUUUUAGAAUGCCCACUCAAAAUGGAGCCUUCCACAGUGGUGGUGAGAUACGGAGAUCCAGUAUCGGUGAACUGCACUGUUUUAGGAGUUCAUGACGGAAUCGGCUGGGAGGCUUCAGAGGGACCUGUUGACAUGGUAUCAGACGUCCAGUUUGUCACCUGGAGUUUGGAGACCCUGACAUACUGGGAGACAUCACCUAAAUGCUAUGGGAACUUUCUAACCAAAGCAGGACCUGAUCAGUGUGGUAAAAGGCUCAACAUUACAGUGUACAAGCCUCCAGACAGUGUCUCCAUCAGUGCUGUGAACCACGCAGGCCCAAUGCUGGAGCAGAAACAGUACCAGCUGCAGUGUGAGGUCCAGAACAUCGCUCCUGUUCAGAACCUCACUGUGAAGUGGUACAAAGGGGAAACAUUAGAGAAUCAAACCUCCUAUGAUGCUCUCACUAAGACUCCAGUGACUGUGUCCUCUACCCUCCUGAUCACACCCACCAGCGCUGAUGAUGGAGUGCAGUACAGCUGUGUGGCAGAGCUGGAACUGGGACCUGAAGGACCACAACCCUCGCCUUCAAUUAAAUCUGAUCCCCUCAACAUCACUGUGCACUAUAAACCCAGGAUCACAGAGUGCCCAGACUAUGUGAAGCUGACGGAGGGUGAAUCUCUGGAUACUUUGGUCUCCUGCAGGGCUGAGGGGAACCCCUCUCCCGUGGUCACAUGGUACAGAGACCAAUCAGAGUUCAACGGUUCCACGCAACUGACCAGGAGAGAUGCUGGGCUGUAUGUCAUGACAGCAAAAAACACUUUGGGAAGCGUCAGUGUCAACUUCACAGUUGGCUAUAAACCCAGGAUCACAGAGUGCCCAGACUAUGUGAAGCUGACGGAGGGUGAAUCUCUGGAUACUUUGGUCUCCUGCAGAGCUGAGGGGAACCCCUCUCCCGUGGUCACAUGGUACAGAGACCAAUCAGAGUUCAACAGUUCCACACAACUGACCAGGAGAGAUGCUGGGCUGUAUGUCAUGACAGCAAAAAACACUUUUGGAAGCGUCAGUGUCAACUUAACAGUUGGCUACGCCCCCAUCUUCUACAGUUUUACUAAUGACACCUUGGAGGUGCCAGAGGGGCAAGAGGUCGCAUUAAACUGCUCCGCCGUAGGGAAGCCCCUUCCUGAGUACUCCUGGUCCUCUCCUCACAACGAGGAAACUUUUAUUACCUCCACCUCUCUGCCCCCCGGUACCCACGUCUACACCUGCACUGCCAAAAACGACUUAGGAGAGAGCAGGAAGUACUUUACUGUCAAAGUCAUCGUCAUAAAAUGCCCACUCAAAAUGGAGCCUUCCACAGUGGUGGUGAGAUAUGGAGAUCCAGUAUCGGUGAACUGCACUGUUCCAGGAGAUCAUGAUGGAAUCGGCUGGGAGGCUUCAGAGGGAUCUGUUGACAUGGUAACAGACCCUAAAGUAAAGCUUCUCACCUGGAGUUUGGAGACCCUGACAGACUGGGAGAUAAGACCUAGAUGCUUCGGGAACUUUCUAAUCAAUGCAGAACCUUUUCAGUGUGACAAAAUGCUCAACAUUACAGUGUACAAGCCUUCAGACAUGGUCUCCAUCAGUGCUGUGAACCACACAGGCCCAAUGCUGGAGGGGGAACAGUACCAGCUGCAGUGUGAGGUCCAGAACAUCGCUCCUGUUCAGUACCUCGCUGUGAAGUGGUACAAAGGGGAAACAUUAGAGAAUCAAACUUCCUAUGAUGCUCUCACUAAGACUCCAGUGAAUGUUUCCUCUACCCUCCUGAUCACACCCACCAGCGCUGAUGAUGGAGCACAGUACAGCUGUGUGGCAGAGCUGGAACUGGGACCUGAAAGACCACAACCCCCGCCUUCAACUAACUCUGAUCCCUUCAACAUGAUCGUGCACUACUCCCCCUUCUUCAGUGAUGAUGUUGAUGAUGAGACCUUGGAGGUGACGGAGGGGGAAGGGGUCCUGUUAAGUUGCUCCGCCCAGGGGAACCCCCUUCCUGCGUACUCCUGGUCCCCUCCUCUCGACGAAGAAGAGAAGACGAGUGAGAUACAAAUCACCAGCACCUCUCUGACCCCCGGUACCCACGUCUACACCUGCACUGCCUCCAACCAACUAGGACAGCAGAGCAAGAACUUCACUGUCAAAGUCGUCCCCCAAGGUGACCAGACUGUGCUGUGGACGGUGAUUGGCAUAGGCCUGGCCGUGGCCGUGUUCCUUAUCCUUGGCUACCUCUACUACAAAUCAAGGGAUGGUGCGAAUUCCAUCAUCUGAGCACACAGGAAGUGUCACUCAAAGCCCAGAAGGUGGGACUUCCUCUUGUGAGAGAGAAUGGCUACAUGUGGGAUUCAAUUUUUUUUAAAAAAUAUUAUGAUCAUGACUGAAAGUGCCUUGGGGAAUCUGUAGUGAUGCUAGUCUGAGUACUCAUGAUGGGGAAAACGACAGCGACCAGUAAACACUGUAUAUGAUUUGUUUGAACGAAAGGGCCACUCUCCCACACAAACACAACGAUUGGGUCAAAUUCAUGUGCAGCUGAACAAGUGGCUCCGCCCAUUUUUGGUUUUAUGAAGCCUCUGAAGUCACUUUGAAAGUGGGGCAUUCUUAAAUAUUCAGGGUUCUGUGUGGAGAGAGAGCUGGGGGGGGGGCAUAAUGGUACAGGGUAGGCAGAGAAUAAGGGGGAGGGGCAUAAUUAUACAGGAUGACUGUGGGAAGGGGUCUUAAGAUGCAUGGGGCUUUCACCAAAGAGUGCCUUGGGGAAUCAUGCAGCUGGUGGGUAGGGCAGGGAGUUUGGGGGGGGGGGGGCGGAGGUGUACAUGAACAUGCACUGUUAUAACUGACAUAAUUUGCUUGCAAUUUAUAGUUUAUUUAAAACAUACAUUACAUUACGUUGGAUUUACCUCAACAUACCUCGGUACAUUGUCCCUUUUGCAUGGUACACUGCUCUGGUUGGACAGACAAGUGCCCUAACUGGACUGUGUGAAAAACCGAUUUAGAGGUAGUACAGCCCUGGUUGGAAAAUGCGUAAUCCUGACGCAGGAUCAAACAGCAAAACUGAUUAGUUCACUGGCUUGGGCACUCAGCUAGUCCUGGACAAAUCCAGCAACAAAUCUUUGUUGCUGGAAAGUGAAUGAAGGCUUGCAGUUCUAUCUUUUCAGAAUUUUCCCUUACUUGGGGAAGGGUAGGUGCUAAUACGGCCUUCCAUCUAUAGUGGAGAGGUUUUCGGAAAAAAAAGUCUGCUGCAAUUCCAACCUUGGCUGUGGAUUCAGAUGUCCCUGCACAUGUGUUACAUGUGUCUACUGCAUGCAUGCUUGAAUUUGUUUUCAGUUGUUUUUAACAGAAAGUUUGUUUGCUGACCUUCACAAAUUGCCGUUUUAUGAACUUGCAGUCUUUCAGGCUGCUUCUCGACAAGGUAAACGGCGUGUUUGGAGUGUGAUUUCCAAAGUGCACUCUACCAAAUAUCUCCUGUGCAAUGUUUAUGCAUUUUGCUGACAGUGGUGGCUAGUAGCUGUGUCCAUUUCAUUAUUUUCAUAUAUAUUACAUUACAUUACACUACAGGCAUUUGGCAGACGCUCUUAUCCAGAGCGACGUACAAAAAAGUGUAUAACCAAAACCGGGAACAAGUGUGUUGAAAACCCUAGAGGGAAGUACAGUUCCAAGUGCAGCGAACGACAGCGUAGUUUGACUUGGACCCUGUAGGUUGUUCUGAUUAACGCAAACAGAAGCAGCAACAAAGCAGCUUACGCAAAUAAUGCAAUGGAUGAAUGGCAGGCUAAGAAGCUGACUUGUUACAGCUGUCAUCAUGAAAACUGUAAACGUGCAGUGAUGUCACAGAAAUGGACAUAUCAGCAUUGUCCUGGCUGGUGGAACGCCGUCAUUGAUAGGGCCACCUGUUUGUCUUCAGUCCUCCGCCAGCUAGAGGGCGCAAUAGCCUCUUUGAAAUACAAGUUUAAAUCCCUGCAGGUCACAUGCUUGAGACAACCUGGUGGCCCUAGUCAUUGAUAAUGUUCAGGGGUCACUGAUAUAAUUGUUUGACUGAACCACAUGCAAUAAUUAGUGCUUUACUUUAUGUUUUUAUGUGUGCGAUUUCCAAUAUUGUAAAACAGUUUUAAUGAAUACUUUCAGGUACUAUUAACUGUUUGUAACUGUUUGUAUGUGUACAUCAUGCCCAAGUAUGCAUUUGUCUGCAAAUAAAAUAAAAUAAAAAUGGUUCAAA